AUGCUAGAUCUAGACGAGUCGCUCCGAGCGCUCUAUUUCGCUCCAUUUCCGCUCCUUGUCCUCGACCAUACACGAUGCAUUCGCAUGAUCAACAAACCUGCCGAGACUGUACUUGGGACGACGGGCCCGACAGCACUGGGCAUGUUGUUCGAAAGGUUCAUCGCGCCUAGUUCGAAGCAGAACUACACGGCGAGCCUGAACGAAGCUGCCGAAUCAAACAGAACAUCGCGGGUUUCGGCGGUGCCCUCCACCACGCGGCUGGGUAUCGUCGAGGCGGAUUCGACAGUGGUGACUGUGGCAGAUUUGGCUGUGAAUGCUUGGUACCCGACUAGCGAGAUGUACGACACGCACCUAUCCAUGGGGUGCCUCAAGCACAGCAGCUCCGCCACCUUCUCAUCGAUGACCUCUUCGACUGACUUGAUCAGUGGCUCCUCCGGUGAUGCUGUUGGUACUGGCACUGCCGGAAGACGAUUGCAGCCUGCGCACGAAGCAUUCUACACUGUCUCCCUGACCCCUGCACGAUCAGGAACGUCAGAACGUUCCGACACGCCGGAAGUUGAGCAGUCCAGCUCGUCCCUGCGCAAUGCAAUCAUCGACGCGCUCGACGUCGCUUGCAUGGCGCUCUCGAAAGAUGGCAAGAGGAUCGUUCGUAACCGCAAAGCCGAUGAGCUCCUGUCCGAGUACGUCAAGGAGCUGGCCAUGGACAACGAAGGCUUCCCAAUGAGAUCAAGCGCAAGUGGCAUCCGAGGAGAGACAACUUUUGCUUGGUUGGAAAAGAUGAUGACAUGCUAUGUCGGAGAAAAUUGGGACGAACUCCUCGUUAGCGAAUGUUUCCCCAUCUACAGGGCGGCUAUCAAAGGAGAACAUGUGCUUCCAAUGGAAAUUGACUGUGUCAGCCAGGUGACAGGCCGUCGAAAGCGCUUCGAGGUGGAGGCCAAGCCAGUGCGGGACAUGGGUGGCCUGGGCCAGCAUGUCGGAGGUAUGGUCAUCUUCAGGGACAUGACAGAGACGAAGAAUGACCUGGAAGCAGAGGUCACAGCACUCGGCGAGCAAUACUUCAAGACCGUUGCAGACAGCCUUCCGAUCUUUGUGUGGACCACCUAUCCGGACGGCGCGGUCGAAUGGUUCAACAAGCAAUGGUAUGACUUCACUGGUGUCAAGAGCCGGGAGUCUCUUGGUCUUGCUUGGUCCUCUUUAUUUCACGAGGAGGAUCGCCCUGCGACUUUCCGCGCAUGGAGUCAUUGCCUUCGAACUGGAGAGAGGUACAACGUGGAAUAUCGAUGUAGGAGGAAGGAUGGCCAGUGGCGUUGGUUCCUCGGCCAAGCACAGCCUAUGCGCAACAGUCGUGGCGAAAUCACAAAGUGGUUUGGCACCUGCACAGACAUUCACGACCAGAUCGAGGCGCUUGCUAGCUCGCGGCAAUCACAAGCUCAGCUCGAAAGUGUCAUCAACCAUGCAGCCGUCACGCUCUGGGCUGUCGAUCAAAACGCCAUCAUCACCGUUGCCGAAGGCCCAGGUGUAAGACAGCUGCGUCUUGCACCAUCGACGCCCACAGGGAGCGGAACAGAACCGGGCUCAAAUAGCUUGAGAGAAGCAGCUCGAAAGGCGCAAGGCAACGCGAGUGCGUGGGGCAUCGAACGCGAUCCCAGCACGACAUCCAUGGAUGCCGACAACCCAGUACAUCCGGGGUACAAGCUCGAACGCGCUGACAAGAGUGUGGACCUUCACAGCGAAUCGAAUUCAAGCAAUGGGACACCCAGUCACAGCCAUCGCUCGCGCGGCAAGAGCAUGAUUGGCCGCUCCCUGUACGAAGUUUGGGACUCGCCCAACUUCCGACAAGCUUUGCGGAGAGCUCUUGAUGGCGAAGAGGUUGUAGAGGAUAUGGAGCUGGAGGGACGUUGGUUCCGCACUCAAUACACGCCGCUCAAGCAGCUGUCAGAUGGGACUACGCGGACCUACAAUCCAGAGAUGCAUGAGGAGGCUCCCAUCAAUGAUGCCCCCGUUGUAGGCGUCGUUGGCGCUUCUAUGGAAAUUACAGAGCGGCGAAGGUUGGAGAGCCUUCGACCUGUAGUAGGAGUCGUCGGUGCGUCUAUGGACAUUACAGAGCGGCGACGGGCGGAAGCAAAGCUGGAGGAGUCUCGCAAGGAGCGUAUACGAGCGCUAGCAUCCGAAACAGCUGCGAAAGAAGCCAGCCGACUUAAAUCAGAGUUCCUGGCGAACAUGUCGCAUGAAAUCCGAACGCCUAUCGCAGGGGUCAUUGGCUUGGCAGAGCUUCUGCUGGACACUACGCUAUCGCGUGAACAGCGCGAUUAUGCAGAGAACAUUCAGCGCUCCGCCGACGCUCUGCUGACAGUCAUCAACGAUGUCCUUGAUUUUAGCAAGAUCGAGGUCGGCAAGCUCGACAUUGACAACGGGCCUUUCAAUCUGAAUGUUCUCACGAUGGAUAUGCGCAAGAUGCUUUCGUUUGCCACCGCCAGGAAAGGGCUGGAGCUGCUCGCAGACUGCGAGCUGCAGUAUUCGGGAACGGUCAUUGGCGAUGCGGGGCGCUUACGGCAGGUGCUCACCAAUUUACUCACCAACGCCAUCAAAUUUACAAGCACGGGAUCUAUUGCACUGAAGGUGUACGCCCUCUGCGAAGACGCGGAGUCAAUCGAGGUCCGCUUUGAUGUGGAGGAUACUGGAUGCGGCAUUUCAGAAAAAGUCCUUCAACAUCUCUUUCAACCCUUCCGGCAAGCAGAUUCGUCUACCGCCCGCAAAUUCGGCGGUAGCGGGUUGGGCCUGUCAAUCUCAAAGAAUCUGGUCGAGCUUAUGGGCGGCAAGAUUGGCCUGACAUCCAAAGAAGGAGUUGGCUCCGUCGCAUGGUUCUCAGUACCUUUCAAGAAGCAACUUGCAAUUGUCUCGAACGUGACCGUGGAUGAAGAGGGGGCUUCUACCACUUCUUCCGUAACAGCGCCUGCUUCCAGCUCAGACAGCCUGUCUGGCGUCAGCAGUGAUCCCUUGCAGCGACCGCGCAAGGAUGUCUGGAUCCUGGUGGCGGAGGACAACCUCAUAAAUCAACAGAUCGCAAUGAAGACCCUGAAAAUGAUGGGCUUCAGCUGCAAGGCGGCCAGCAAUGGCAAAGAGGCUAUAAAGCUGAUGAAUUCCAAUCCGUUAGAUCUCAUCUUGAUGGACUGCCAGAUGCCCGAGAUGGACGGAUACGAAGCGACCAUGCGACUUCGGGCAAGCAACAGUCUGGAGAUCCGCAGCGUGCCGAUCAUCGCGCUCACGGCUUCAGCCAUCCGUGGCGACAAGGAACGUUGCCUUGAAGCAGGCAUGUCCGACUAUCUCUCCAAACCCGUGAAGCGACCAGCGUUGGAGAACAUGCUCGUGCGGUGGCUUUUCGAUGCUGGCACCCGGCAAACUUUGUCCAAAUGGGCGGCCUCGCCAACUCGGUCAUCGCCCGGAAUAAUAUCAGCGGAGCGCAUCGAUUUUGGGUGCUCUACAAUCUCAUCAUUGGCAAACGGCCCUGGUACCCAAGCUCUUACCGUGAAUUUGCCUCUUCCGUUGGAACACAGUGCGGAUGAGGGCAAUGCACCUGGUACUGAUGUCAGCCCCAAGACGGCGCCGCAGCCGCUCGCGAACGACCAGAAGGUGCAAGGCGAGGCGAGCGAGCUGGCGCGGUCAUCGGACAACACGAGCGCAAGCAGCAUCAUGACGGGUGUCUCUCUGACAAAUGACAUGGAGCUACGCAAGGCAAACCUGCUGGCGAAUCCGGGGCUGGGGGCUCUGCCACGUGCGUCAGCGGAGGACACUCGCUCAUACCACAUGCAACAGGCCGAUCACACAUCGUACCUGUGCAGCACGAGCGCUCUGGAGUCGCCCUCGACUCUUAUGCGAGUGGAUACCAACCUGGUCGCCGAAGCGGAGACUUCGAGGGUUCGCAGAGCGUCCCGCGAGCAGGCAGGCCUCGGCCGAGAUCUUGCGGGAGAGUUCGAGCGAGCUUCCAGCAGAGAGCCGGAAGUAAGACUGGGCGUGGCGCUAGAGUCGCCACUGGCCGAGGUCCUUCCUCCGACGUAA